AUGUCACUCUAUUUCUUUUCCUCUCCCCCCUUUCCCGAUUCGGCAUCGUAUUAUCCGAUUCAAACUACACCCGAAACCCGAUCGACAGAGGUCCUAGCGGUCCCGAAAAACAUGAAGCUGCUCGCGAUUCCGUUGUUUGAGCUUUAUGAUAACGCGGCGAGACUUGUCGAACGGGUACCUCUUGGUUCCACGAGUGAUCAAGGGGAGAUAUCCCCGAGCGCAGCCCCUAUUCCCCCUUGCUGGGUCAAACGAGGCCCACUCUACCUCUUCCCCUUCCCCUUCAUGUCUCCAACCUUGUUCACGUAUGCGAUCCGAUCUCAUUACCGCGCCCUGGCCCGGCGCAGAACAAACUUCCCAUCACGGAUGGACUUCUGGAUCAUCUGGAUCAUCGUGGUCGUGUGCGGGGCUGGAGCCGGAGAUGCAGAUGCAGAUGGAGCUUGA